CGCGUUGGCGAGCAUCUUUGCGGUCACAGCAGGCAUAUCAGACUUCACACACAGAGACAGUGUGACGGGUGAAGGAAGAAAUAGAUCAGUCUUUGUUUCCCGGUAGCGAGCCAAAGCAAACUCCCGGCAGAGGGUCCAUGGAGAGCAGAGCCCUGCUUGUGCGUAGCCGGAGGAGCUUGAUCGGAUGCCGCUGUUAGCUGUUCUCCAUCCAGCAUUAAUUGGUUGACCGAUGGCUCCAAAACAUGCGCUCCUUCCCAGAAGCGGCGGCGGUGGCCGCGCGGUCGGGCGGAAAAGAAAUCCAAAAGAGCAAUUGUGUCUCGUGGCAGGGAACCUGGAUGCGUGGACGCCGAGGCAGGAGAAGAGGACGCGGGCGCUGGGCGGGAUGCUGGCCCGGUGCUUUGUGGCAGUCAGUGCGGUGCUGAUGCUGACAAUCCAGUGCUCGUUGGCUGCUGAUGAUGUGACUGACCAUCGUGACUUACUAUCGGAUCCCACGGUGUCCAUCUUAACCACCUGGGGUACUGGGGAGGAAGACGUGAUGGAAGAGACUGACCCAAGACAACCAUCCAAAAUAGCACUGUGGAACGAAUCAAAACAUAGAGUGGCUGCCGGAGGAGACAGCAUGGUCCUCCCAGAACCAAGCAUCAUGAGAGCAGAUGAAGUUCAAUGGGCAGACACAAAGGUGGAAGGCCUGCCAAACUCACCCCGAGACUCACCUACCUGGCUUAAGCAAGCGGAUGGAGGAAGGCAGGCGGUCCUCACAAUGGUGGCCGACACAACAGAUCCACCAGCAGAAAGAAAGCCUUUAGGACUACUGUCUAAGGCCGCUUGGACCAAAAUCUCCUCUCCAUCCUCCUCCUCCUCCUCCAAAGUCUCCUCCUCUUCGAGCUCCACAACAAAAGCAUCCAAUUUAACUUCCCCGUCCACAUCUUUAUCCUUUACUCCAGCCAUGAAUCAUUCAGACGUUCAGACAGUGAAGCCAGACAUCAUCUCUCUUAUUGAUGUCAGCAACGGCUCUUCAGACAGUAACAACAUCUCCAGUCUUGAUGCUGUUCAGCCUACAGAGGCGUCAAUGAGUAGCUUGCCAGCUUGGGAUCUCCCCACGGUUCCUGAGUCUCUUUUGUCCACAGUGGGUGACCAUGACAUCACACUUCCAGGAAAUGUCACCAGCCCUUUCUCCACCCAUCAAUGGAACACCACUAUGCCGGUGCGCACCAGAACUUCCCCUCAUAACGCAACUGCUAUCAAAAAUACCACAAGCACUCUGUCAACCACCACCACCUCAAGCACCAUUGUGAGAGCGAAUACGCCUCCGGUGUCUACCGUGGCUUCACUCGCCACAAACCUGAACAACUUGACCGACGAUAGCGUUCAGGUGGAAACCCUGACGACAACAAAGUCCUUAGUGACCGUUUCUACUGUGAGCACACUUGCUGUUACAGCACCAGCGGUGACCACAGAUGUCACUGUAAAAGUUUCCUCAAAUAUCACCGACGCUGUAAUCGUUCAGCCAUCAUCGAGCCAGGAAGCAACCACAGAAGUUAUGACUCAGCCUGCAACUACCACCAUCACUACUACCACCACAACUACUACAACAACCCCAACCACUACGACAUCUGCUCCACCCACCACAGUAAUGACUACCACCACACCUGCAACUACUACUCCAGACACAACCACCGCCCCUACCACUACCACCACCGAUGCCACCACCACCACUACCACCUUAGCAACAACUGCACAAACAACUACACCAACUACAGUGUUGAUCCCAGCCCAAACUACACCACUCGCAACUACAACUCCAGAGCAGCCAAGCAGCACUAUUACAGAGGAAGGUCCUUUACCAUGCAACAUCACUGAGAAGUACUGGGUCAAAACAGUUAUGUCCAUUGAGGUUCGGAAAAACCGACUCGACCUUGUCCUCAAACAGAAUCUAGUGAAAGGACUAAGUCACGCCCUGCAGAAAGCCCUGAAUGACUCUACUGCUUUUGCACAGGUGGAACAUGAUGACUGCAACCCACGUAACGUGACACUGGUUUACUAUGUGACUGGUGUCAAAACCGUCUAUAUUUCUUCUAUUGUGGUUGAAGCACUUAGUGUUUAUGGCUUUGACAGGCUGCUGUCUGACAUCAGGCAGCACACACCAUUGGUUAAAGCAGUUCUGAUUCCUGUGGCAACAUGGCUGCCCAUCCCAAGUAUUCACCUGCAGCUGAAAACAGUUUUGAGAUUUGUUGGCCCCACAGACAACGUCUACUCUUGCAGUUUCGUCCAGAUGCUUGAGCAGAGACUGGAGAGUGCCUUUGACGAAGCUCAGGACAAAGUGCUCGAGACCUACAGCAAGCUCACUGUGGAGAUCCAAAGUGUGGCCCAGGAACCGGGCUCCCCAUCUGUCUCGCUGGUGUAUGUGGUCAAGAACCAGGACACCGAACUCAACGGUACCAUUUCGAGCGGCCUCCUCAACCAACUCACGGCUGAGUUGGUGGGCUACUUUCUGUUCUACCCUCCUCUGGUCAUUGCUGAGCCCCUUGAAUACCACAAUCUCAACACGUCCACUGCAACCAGGAGCUAUUGGGUCAUAACAGUGAUCCAGGAUGUGGACAAGUCUUCUCUGGAGGCCAACUACCACAGCUUUGCCAGCUUGAUGGAACAGCGGCUGGCUGAGCUCUUCCAUGUAGCUGGUCGGCAGGGCUCUCAAACCUUUCGGUCCAAGCGUGCAACAACUGUUGGGGGCUACACCGUACAGAUGGUAAGCAUGCGCCGGCUGCCUGGUCCCAAGAACUCAGCGGAGAUGACGUAUUACGCACAAAUGAAUGGAGCACCCAUCACUGGAACCACAGCCGCUAAAACGCUGAGCAGUUUGGAUUCCCAGACCAUGGCACUGACUCUGGGUUACUUUGUGCAAGUGCAGGCUGAACCUGUGGUGAAGAUGCCGCAGAGCAACUUGUGGCUCAUGGCUGUCCUCACACCUCUGUUCUUGCUGAUGGUGGUAAUCGGAAUGGUGGUCUUCAUUCUGUGUAAGAGAAACAGGGUCAUCUUUAAAGCUGGGGCCUUCAGGACCUUCAAAAGCCGCUCCAAGACCUCAUAUCGACGAGAGGGAAGUUACCACCACCAGCCUGUUCAGGGCUUUGAUUAUGCCAAGAAGCACAUGGGUCGCACUGGUGAUGAGACCAUCUCUUUAAAUAAGGACACUUUGGUUCUGGGACUGCCUGUGCGAGAUGCCCCGCUGUCAAUGUCACUGGAUAAGAAGGUGUACCAGGACGGCACUGCCAACAAGAGGCCACCGUCUGCUGACAUGCACAAAGGAGGGCGGUUGCCAAGCGAGGAUGGUUCAAUGUCGAGUAACAGCUCCGGGAAGCUGAACACCAGCAAGUGCUCCUCGGCCCGAAAGACAGCCACUGGCGGCAGUUGCAAGAAUGGCAAGGAGGAUCUCCACAAAAGGAGCGCCAAUGACCCAUACGAUGAUCAUACAGGCUCUCUACGGCUCAUCACCAUCAAACCCAUGACAGCUCAGCCAACUUACUCCUACCCCUCAUCCUCCCACAGCCAAGACUCUGUGAUCCAGAAUGGCGAGGCCAAUCAUGGCGGGUUGAAGCAAAAGUCGGACAUUGAACACUACAGAAACAAACUACGCCAGAAAGGCCGUAGGAAGGGUUACGGAGAGUUCUCCCUUUCGGAGGGUGGCAGCCACGGCUAUGGUCACAGCCGGCAUAGUCGGCAUGACAACGGCCUCAAAGAACCAAUGACAGCAGAGGAAAAGAGAGCCUCCUUUGCUGGAUGUCAUAAGAGGUACUCCCACCCAAGGGAGCCCACUUAUUGGAGCAGGCAAUCGUUGAGCAGCCCCAGCCCCGUGGAGACAGAAAUGGACCUUCUGGUUCUUCGAGAGAGAGCCAGAAGAGGCAUCCGCAACAACGGCUACGAUGGUGAACCUGAACCAUUUGAAGAAACCAAUGUUGACCAUCUUAUGAGCUCUCUUGGAUAUGGAGGUGGCUCAACUGGCACAGGAAAUGGUAGCCUGGGAGUGAAAGCUCACCGCGGCUCUGACUCCUCCACACUCAGCUCUCAGCCAUCCAUUGACGAUGUCCGCACACAGAUGCAUAUGUUGCUUGGCAACGCCUUCAGCCUGGCUCCCCCGGAUCAUGACCCACCUUCCCCUCCUACUAAUAGGCGGCACCAUCACCACCACCACGUUCGCAGCGCCUACAAUCCAUCCCACUCCAGCCACUAUAGUGAUGGGGUGACGAGUGCCCCUGGGACCAUGAACCAUCCCUGUGGAAGCAGGCAAAGGAGCCUGGGCUAUGAGGAUUUGCAUCAGUGUAGCCUGCCAAAACCGGGUUUCCGGUUCACACAGCUCCCUGAUAUGGGCAUUGGGUCUCCCCCACCGCUGGUCCCUUCAAGACCAGGACCGCCGCCAGGACCUUCACUGAGACGUUCGACUCCCGAUGUGAGCCUGAAGCCUCGGGUGUCUGAGGCCUCAGAUCUGCAGGACCACGAGCACAAUGGCGCCCCCUACCUGCCACUAUCUAGGACCACCUUCCCUGCUGUUACUGUUGAUCAGUCCAUCAGCACCUACUCAGGAAACCCAAUAACAGCAGUGUAUGCUAUAUCAGCUAACCACCCAGGCUACUCAGACUACUUUGUCAUGUCGCCUCCAUCUUCAUACCGUAGUCCAUCCUGGAUGUCCUACCCUCCUGAGCCGGAAGAUCUUCCACGCCAAUGGAAUGAUCCACCCCAGAGCUCACGACACCUUGAAACCAUCUGCUGAAGCACCCCAGCCUCACUACCCUCCCUAUAUGGAAACAAUCAGUGGCUUUGUGUCUGUUUGGGUGGAAAUAUGGCCACUCUCUCUUUUUGGAUCCUGUCUGGAUUUGUUCUUCACCAGUGGACUCAAAUCCUCCCACACACUUUGUCCCUUUAUUCAUCUACCAAGCUCUGCUUGCUGGACCCGCAGCCUCAAGGCCUUUAUCAUCUAGCCUUUGCUACAACCGAUUCCCUCUUUAUGUUUCCCAAAACCUGGUCGCAGAUCUGCAGCCAUAUUUCUGUGCUCCCUGAGCUCCUGACCUCACAGGGCCCACCAGGGGUCACUAUUGAAAUAGCUUGACUCCUGUGUGGUGAACACGGUUCAGGAAACUCCCUCCCUGACACUACGACAUAUAUGGAGCGUGAAUGGCGUAAAGCAGUGCCUCUCACAACAGACGUCACACGGCCAGCAUGACACAGCACAAUCAUGCUGCUCCAUCACUAGUCCAGUCAUGGACUGGCAAAGACCAGUAGUCCAAUCCACUGAAGUGACACACUCGUCUGGACCAUCCAGGGCUUGACUCUGAAGUCCACAAUACAGCCAAGAAAACCUGGCUGGAAUAAAACUGUGUUUCUUUCUUUCUUUCUUUCUUUUUUAAUUGAGUCCAAAUGUCUUUGUGAACCUUCUACCGCUGGUUAUUGUGUAUUUAAACUUAAGUGAGAGAAAUCAAAAGAAAAACAGAAAAAAAAAAUAGGUCUUGAUUGUGUCCAUUUUUGGUUUUAGAUAUGUGCUCUUGUCUUUACAUUUGUGCAUUGAUUAUUGUAAGGCGAGUUUUUAUUCACUCACUGUAUUUCAAGGCAAAAAAAAAUCUGUAAAACAGAGCAACGGCAGCUUUGUGGUCCGCAUUUCUGUACUGAAAUAUUCAUUCUCUUUCAUUUCUCUGAACAAUGAUAACAUGAAAUACCCACAAUGCUCUCUGUCUGUCAUUUGCUAAUGAAUUAGACAAACAUAGAUGCAGACCUAAAUCCCACUCAGAAUUGUUUUACUACUUCAAGGAUUGAUCGAUAAAAUCCGUGUGAGGUCAGCUUUGAAAAGACAAAAUACAAGAAGUUUUGGGAGGGGGGAAAUGCAUUUAUUUCAAAGAUAUCUUCUGUGGAAGGAAGUCAGAUUUUUUGUUGUUUAUUUUUGUCGGAAAGAGGAGACUGUUUGGCUUGGAUAUUUAGUCCCUUCACUAAGUUGUGCUGCUGUUCAAGUCACCUUUUGGUACUGGACAAGCUGUACAUGUAUCAUUUUAAUGUAUCCUUGUAUAUAGCAGAUGAUUUAUUGAAGAGAUUUAUGCAAGUAGUGUUGGAGAGAUUCUUUUCUUGGCGUUGUUUGAUUUGUUUUGUUCACUGCGUUUAUGAUGGAUUUUUUUUUUAAUGGAUGAACACAUUUCAACAUCUCAUCCUAUUUACUUAAGCACUACCUUAAAGACCACAUAAUAUACUAUUACAGUGUUCCCUCACUUUUCGUGGGUGAUAGAUUUCAAGCCCACCUGCAAUAAGUACAUUUCCACAAAGUUGAGGUUCUCUUUUUUUUUUUGCUGAUUAUAGGCAACAAGCUGUCUAAUUUUCAUGGAUUUGGUUUUUGUAAAACAAAUUUCCCCUUGAAAAAGAAGUAUAAAAAUAGCAAGAAAACGUGCCAAAAUAGUGAGGUCAAACUGCAACAACACGAAGUUAUGCUCAUAAAUGAAAACUCACAAUAGAGUGAAUAGAGUGCAAUAACUGAACCACAAAUUAGCGAGGGAACACUGUAUAUUAUGAAAAAUUGGAGUGGAGUUCUGACCAGCAUAGAGCAGAAAAGGCUUGUAAUGGCUCCUCUCUGCAUUUUCUCACGAUAAGGCAAAGAGCCAUACAAAGUCAUCUUAAUACAAUCACUUGUACAAGAAUGUCAUAGUCAAAAUACUGACUUACCAUUUCUGAGGAGAACCGAAUCCUCAGUACCGUAAUUUUCGGACUAUAAGUCGCACCGGAGUAUAAGUCGCACCAGCCAUAAAAUGCCCAAAAAAGUGAAAAAAAACAUAUAUAUGUAUAUAAGUCGCUCCUGAGUAUAAGUCGCCCCCCCACCCAAACUAUGAAAAAAAACGUGACUUAUAGUCCGAAAAUUACGGUACUCUGUAAAGCAAAGAGCUCCUAAUCAGCCAGAUAGUCACCAAAGGAGAUAAUAGCCAUAGUUUUUUCGCAAAGUCGAAAUAAAACAGCCCAUAUGUACAAUAUUUUGUCAUCGAAUACCAAAAGUAUACACUAAAAGAGAGUAUAUUGGAUGGCAAGGCAUGGCAAGGAAUAUCCAGUUGAGAGAACUAGAACAGAAGAGAUUAACCUACAGUAUUAAAUAGUUUCAAAUGCAAUUAGCACUUAGCAGAAUCAAUGCAAAAAUGCUAAUGUUUAGCAUUCCAUUACUAAAGGAAAUUGUUUUAUGUACAGAAAGUUACCUAUAUUUAAUGUACACUCAUAGCAUCCAUUAUCUUAAAUCAUGAAUCAUAAUCUCAACAAUAAAUUGUCCAAUUUUUACAACUUGCACCACACACAAACACAUCGGAUAGUAAGUAGUUACAUUAAAAUAUUUGCCAAUUGAAAUUUGACAUCAACAAAGUUUAAGUUACAACGCAGGCCUGCGCAUGACCUUUGCACUUCGAGAUGAGGAUAAAGGUUUAUUGGAGGGUUAUGAGUGAGCUUUGAAUAUUUCAAAGUAUCACCUUAUUGUAACACUAAACUAAAUAAACCAAGGAGAAAAUACCAACAACCCUAGGAAUGUUUGCAUUCAAUCACCCUGGGUUUUCUAUAUGACAAGUUGAAGAGCAACCAUUUCCAUGUCUUUGUCCAUUUAUUUGAUUUAAUUAGUAAAGAAAGUGUGUUUGUGGUCUUUACACAAUUAUUCGUUUUAGGGAAGAGAUUUGAUGCUAUAAUGCUGUAAUCAGUUCAUGUGCAAUGUUUGUGCUUUACACGGAUUGUGGCGAGAUGCGUUUAUUUAAGAUGGACAUGGAUGAACAGUAGUUUUGCCCUUACGCCAUGGCGUCACUUUGGUGUUGAUGUCUCAUUGACAUUGAAUCUUGUUGGAUGUAGUUAUUCAGAAAGGUUUUGGUGACUUCAAACAAUAAAGAUGAAUUACAUGAAUUUGAGUCUU